AUGCUUGUGCUUCCUCUACUUGCGCUUCCUCUCCUUGUGCUUCCUCUGCUUGCGCUUCCUCUGCUGUUGCUUCCUCUGCUUGUGCUUCCUCUUCUUGUGCUUCCUCUGCUUGCGCUUCCUCUGCUUGCGCUUCCUCUGCUUGUGCUUCCUCUGCUUGCGCUCCUCUGCUUGUGCUUCCUUUGCUUGUGCUUCCUCUGCUUGCGCAUCGUCUUCUUGUGCUUCCUCUGCUUGCGCUUCCUUUGCGUGCUUCCUUUGCUUGCGCUUCCUCUUCUUGUGCUACCUCUGCUUGUGCUUCCUCUGCUUGCGCUUCCUUUGCUUGCACUUCCUCUGCUUGUGCUUCCUCUGCUUGCGCUUCCUCUGCUUGUGCUUUCUCUGCUUGUGCUUCCUUUGCUUGCGUUUCCUCUGCUUGUGCUUCUUCAGCUUGCGCUUCCUUUGCUUGUUCUUCCUCUACUUGUGCUUCCUCUGCUUGUGCUUCCUCUGCUUGUGCUUCCUCUGCAUGUGCUUCCUCUACUUGUGCUUCCUCUGCUUGUGCUUCCUCUGCUUGCGCUUCCUCUACUUGUGCUUCCUCUGCUUGUGCUUCCUUCGCUUGUGCUUCCUCUGCUUGCGCUUCCUCUGCUUGCGCUCCUCUCCUUGUGCUUCCUCUGCUUGUGCUUCCUCUGCUUACGCUUCCUUUUUGCGCUUCCUCUACUUGUGCUUCCUUGCUUGUGCUUCCUCUGCUUGCGCUUCCUCUGCUUGUGCUUCUUCCGCAUGUGCUUCCUCUACUUGCGCUUCCUCUGCAGGUGCUUCCUCUACUUCCGUUUCCUCUGCUUGCACUUCCUCUGCUUGCGCUCCUCUUCUUGUGCUUCCUCUGCUUGUGCUUCCUCUGAUUGCGCUUCCUCUGGUUGUGCUUCCUCCGCUUGCGCUUCCUCUUCUUGUGCUUCCUCUGCUUGCGCUUCCUCUGCUUGCGCUCUUCUGCUUGUGCUUCCUCUGCUUGUGCUCCCUCUUCUUACGCUUCCUCUGCUUGUGCUUCCUCUGAUUGCACUUCCAUUGCUUGUGCUUCCUCUGCUUACGCUUCCUCUGCUUGCGCUUCCUAUGCUCGCGCUUCCUCCGCUUGUGCUUCCUCUGCUUGUGCUUCCUCUUCUUGUGCUUCCUCUCCUUGUGCUUCCUCUGCUUGUGCUUCCUCUUCUUGUGCUUCCUCUGCUUGCGCUUCCUCUGCUUGCGCUUCCUCUAGUUGUGACUCCUCUGCUUGCGCUUCCUCUACUUGCGCUUCCUCUCUUUGCGCAUCCUCUGCUUGCGCUUCCUUUGCUUGCACUUCCUCAGCUUGCGCUUCCUCUGCUUGCGCUCCUCUGCUUGUGCUUCCUCUGCUUACGCUUCCUCUGCUUGCGCUUCCUCUGCUCGCGCUUCCUCUGCUUGUGCUUCCUCUGCUUGUGCUUCCUCUUCUUGUGCUUCCUCUGCUUGUGCUUCCUCUGCUUGAUUUUCCUCUUUUUGUGCUUCCUCUGCUUGCGCUUCCUCUGCUUGCACUUCCUCUGCGCUUCCUCUGCUUGUGCUUCCUCUUCUUGCGCUUCCUCUGCUUGCGCUUCCUCUGCUUGCGCUCCUCUGCUUGUGCUUCCUCUGCUUGUGCUUCCUUUGCUUGCGUUUCCUCUGCUUGUGCUUCUUAAGCUUGCGCUUCCUUUGCUUGUUCUUCCUCAGCUUGUGCAUCCUCUGCUUACGCUUCCUCCGCUUGAGCUUCCUCUGCUUGUGCUUCCUCUGCUUGCGCUUCCUCUGCUUGUGCUUCCUCUGCUUGUGCUUCCUUUGCUUGCGUUUCCUCUGCUUGUGCUUCUUCAGCUUGCGCUUCCUUUGCUUGUUCUUCCUCUGCUUGUGCUUCCUCUUCUUGUGCUUCCUCUGCUUGUGCUUCCUCUGCAUGUGCUUCCUCUACUUGUGCUUCCUCUGCUUGUGCUUCCUCUGCUUGAGCUUCCUCUGCUUGUGCUUCCUCUGCUUGUGCUUCCUCUACUUGUGCUUCCUCUGCUUGCGCUUCCUCUGCUUGCGCUCCUCUCCUUGUGCUUCCUCUGCUUGUGCUUUCUCUGCUUGCGCUUCCUCUGCUUGCGCUUUCUCUACUUGUGCUUCCUUGCUUGUGCUUCCUCUGCUUGCGCUUCCUCUGCUUGUGCUUCUUCUACUUGUGCUUCCUCUACUUGCGCUUCCUCUGCUUGUGCUUCCUCUGCUUGCGUUUCCUCUGCUUGCACUUCCUCUGCUUGCGCUCCUCUUCUUGUGCUUCCUCUGCUUGUGCUUAUUCUGCUUGCGCUUUCUCUGCUUGUGCUUCCUCCGCUUGCGCUUCCUCUUCUUGUGCUUCCUCUGCUUGCGCUUCCUCUGCUUGCGCUUCCUCUUCUUGCGCUUCCUCUGCUUGUGCUUCCUCUUCUUGCCCUUCCUCUGCUUGCGCUUCCUCUGCUUGCGCUUCCUCUGCUUGUGCUUCUUCUGCUUGUGCUUCCUCUAUUUGCGCUUCCUCUGCUUGUGCUUCCUCUGCUUGCGUUUCCUCUACUUGCACUUGCUCUGCUUGCGCUCCUCUCCUUGUGCUUCCUCUGCUUGUGCCUCCUCUGCUUGUUAUUCUUCUUCUUGUGCUUCCUCUGCUUGCGCUUCCUCUGCUUGCACUUCCUCUGCUUCCGCUUCCUCUGCUUGCGCUUCCUCUGCUUGUGCUUCCUCUUCUUGCGCUUUCUCUGCUUGCGCUUCCUCUGCUUGCGCUCCUCUGCUUGUGCUUCCUCUGCUUGUGCUUCCUUUGCUUGCGCUUCCUCUGCUUGUGCUUCUUCAGCUUGCGCUUCCUUUGCUUGCGCUUCCUUUGCUUGUUCUUCCUCUGCUUGUGCUUCCUCUGCUUGUGCUUCCUCUGCUUGUGCUUCCUCUGCAUGUGCUUCCUCUACUUGUGCUUCCUCUGCUUGUGCUUCCUCUGCUUGCGCUUCCUCUGCUUGUGCUUCCUCUGCUUGUGCUUCCUCUGCUUGUGCUUCCUCUGCUUGCGCUUCCUCUGCUUGCGCUCCUCUCCUUGUGCUUCCUCUGCUUGUGCUUCCUCUGCUUGCGCUUCCUCUGCUUGCGCUUCCUCUACUUGUGCUUCCUUGCUUGUGCUUCCUCUGCUUGCGCUUCCUCUGCUUGUGCUUCUUCUACUUGUGCUUCCUCUACUUGCGCUUCCUCUGCUUGUGCUUCCUCUGCUUGCGUUUCCUCUGCUUGCACUUCCUCUGCUUGCGCUCCUCUUCUUGUGCUUCCUCUGCUUGUGCUUAUUCUGCUUGCGCUUUCUCUGCUUGUGCUUCCUCCGCUUGCGCUUCCUCUUCUUGUGCUUCCUCUGCUUGCGCUUCCUCUACUUGCGCUUCCUCUUCUUGCGCUUCCUCUGCUUGUGCUUCCUCUUCUUGCCCUUCCUCUGCUUGCGCUUCCUCUGCUUGCGCUCCUCUGCUUGUGCUUCCUCUGCUUGUGCUUCCUCUGCUUGCGCUUCCUCUGCUUGUGCUUCCUCUGCUUACGCUUCCUCAGCUUGCGCUUCCUCUGCUCACGCUUCAUCUGCUUGUGCUUCCUCUGCUUGUGCUUCCUCUGCUUGUGCUUCCUCAACUUGCGCUUCCUCUGCUUGCGCUUCCUCUGCUUGCGCUUCCUUUGCUUGUUCUUCCUCUGCUUGUGCUUCCUCUGCUUGUGCUUCCUCUGCUUGUGCUUCCUCUGCAUGUGCUUCCUCUACUUGUGCUUCCUCUGCUUGUGCUUCCUCUGCUUGCGCUUCCUCUGCUUGUGCUUCCUCUGCUUGUGCUUCCUCUGCUUGUGCUUCCUCUGCUUGCGCUUCCUCUGUUUGCGCUCCUCUGCUUGUGCUUCCUCUGCUUGUGCUUCCUCUGCUUGCGCUUCCUCUCCUUGCGCUUCCUCUGCUUGUGCUUCCUCUGCUUGUGCUUCCUCUGCUUGUGCUUCCUCUGCUUGCGCUUCCUCUGCUUGCGCUCCUCUCCUUGUGCUUCCUCUGCUUGUGCUUCCUCUACUUGCGCUUCCUCUGCUUGCGCUUCCUCUUCUUGUGCUUCCUUGCUUGUGCUUCCUCUGCUUGCGCUUCCUCUGCUUGUGCUUCUUCUGCUUGUGCUUCCUCUACUUGCGCUUCCUCUGCUUGUGCUUCCUCUACUUGCGUUUCCUCUGCUUGCACUUCCUUGCUUGUGCUUCCUCUGCUUGCGCUUCCUCUGCUUGUGCUUCUUCUGCUUGUGCUUCCUCUACUUGCGCUUCCUCUGCUUGUGCUUCCUCUGCUUGCGUUUCCUCUGCUUGCACUUCCUCUGCUUGCGCUCCUCUUCUUGUGCUUCCACUGCUAAUGCUUCCUCUGCUUGCGCUUCCUCUGCUUGUGCUUCCUCCGCUUGCGCUUCCUCUUCUUGUGCUUCCUCUGCUUGCGCUUCCUCUGCUUGUGCUUCCUCCGCUUGCGCUUCCUCUCCUUGUGCUUCCUCCGCUUGCGCUUCCUCUUCUUGUGCUUCCUCUGCUUGCGCUUCCUCUGCUUGCGCUCCUCUGCUUGUGCUUCCUCUGCUUGUGCUUCCUCUUCUUGCGCUUCCUCUGCUUGUGCUUCCUCUGCUUGCGCUUCAUCUGCUUGUGCUUCCUCUGCUUACGCUUCCUUUGCUUGCGCUUCCUCUGCUCGCGCUUCCUCUGCUUGUGCUUCCUCUGCUUGUGCUUCCUCUUCUUGUGCUUCCUCUGCUUGCACUUCCUCUUCUUGCGCUUCCUCUGGUUGUGACUCCUCUGCUUGCGCUUCCUCUACUUGCGCUUCCUCUACUUGCGCUUCCUCUACUUGCGCAUCCUCUGCUUGCGCUUCCUCUGCUUGCGCUUCCUCUGCUUGCGCUUCCUCUGCUUGCGCUCCUUUGCUUGUGCUUCCUCUGCUUGUGCUUCCUCUGCUUGCGCUUCCUCUGCUUGUGCUUCUUCUACUUCCGCUUCCUCUACUUGUGCUUCCUCUGCUUGCGCUUCCUUUGCUUGUGCUUUCUCUGCUUGUGCUUCCUCUGCUUGCGCUUCCUUUGCUUGUGCUUCCUAUGCUUGUGCUUCCUCUGCUUGCGCUUCCUCUGCUUGCGCUUCCUCUGCUUGUGCUUCCUCUGCUUGUGCUUCCUCUGCUUGUGCUUCCUGUGCUUGCGCUUCCUCUGCUUGCGCUCCUCUCCUUGUGCUUCCUCUGCUUGUGCUUCCUCUACUUGCGCUUCCUCUGCUUGCGCUUCCUCUUCUUGUGCUUCCUUGCUUGUGCUUCCUCUGCUUGCGCUUCCUCUGCUUGUGCUUCUUCUGCUUGUGCUUCCUCUACUUGCGCUUCCUCUGCUUGCGCUUCCUCUACUUGCGUUUCCUCUGCUUGCACUUCCUUGCUUGUGCUUCCUCUGCUUGCGCUUCCUCUGCUUGUGCUUCUUCUGCUUGUGCUUCCUCUACUUGCGUUUCCUCUGCUUGUGCUUCCUCUGCUUGCGUUUCCUCUGCUUGCACUUCCUCUGCUUGUGCUCCUCUUCUUGUGCUUCCUCUGCUAAUGCUUCCUCUGCUUGCGCUUCCUUUGCUUGUGCUUCCUCCGCUUGCGCUUCCUCUUCUUGUGCUUCCUCUGCUUGCGCUUCCUCUGCUUGUGCUUCCUCCGCUUGCGCUUCCUCUCCUUGUGCUUCCUCCGCUUGCGCUUCCUCUUCUUGUGCUUCCUCUGCUUGCGCUUCCUCUGCUUGCGCUCCUCUGCUUGUGCUUCCUCUGCUUGUGCUUCCUCUUCUUGCGCUUCCUCUGCUUGUGCUUCCUCUGCUUGCGCUUCAUCUGCUUGUGCUUCCUCUGCUUACGCUUCCUCUGCUUGCGCUUCCUCUGCUCGCGCUUCCUCUGCUUGUGCUUCCUCUGCUUGUGCUUCCUCUUCUUGUGCUUCCUCUGCUUGCACUUCCUCUGCUUGCGCUUCCUCUGGUUGUGACUCCUCUGCUUGCGCUUCCUCUACUUGCGCUUCCUCUACUUGCGCUUCCUCUACUUGCGCAUCCUCUGCUUGCGCUUCCUCUGCUUGCGCUUCCUCUGCUUGCGCUUCCUCUGCUUGCGCUCCUUUGCUUGUGCUUCCUCUGCUUGUGCUUCCUCUGCUUGCGCUUCCUCUGCUUGUGCUUCUUCUACUUCCGCUUCCUCUACUUGUGCUUCCUCUGCUUGCGCUUCCUUUGCUUGUGCUUUCUCUGCUUGUGCUUCCUCUGCUUGCGCUUCCUCUGCUUGUGCUUCCUAUGCUUGUGCUUCCUCUGCUUGCGCUUCCUCUGCUUGUGCUUCCUCAUCUUGUGA